GCCCCUGGGCUUCAGGGCAGAGGUGAAUGUGGCUGAGAUAAAGCCCGAGCUGUGCCCUGGUGACGGGGCUGGCUAGGUUUGGGGGCAGCUCGCUCUCUUGCUGUUUCUGUCGCAUUGAGUUAGUGUCCCAGACCUGAAUGAGAGCUGGGGAUAAGCUUGAAAGCUUUGACUCGCUCCCCAGCAGAAAUGGGUCCAAUCAAAGAUAUUACCUCACCCUCCCUGUCUCUCUCGCUGGGGUAUGGCAGGGUUUCGGUGUGUGAAAGCUCCACGCCUCUUGUUUUUUUGGGGAUGGGCAGAAGGGUAAGUCUAGGGAUUUGGGAAGAGGGAUGGUUUCCACUUGCUACUGAGGAUUAAUCUGGCCUAAGCCUGUCAUUUCCCAUUGUCAGUCUCAGUUUGGCAGCACCUAGCUUUUAGAGGAUGAAAUUAAUCUGCUGCUCCAUGAAAGACACAAACCCAGCUGCAUACAAGGGCACUACCAAAUACCUACUGGGAAAGAUUUUGCCGGUCCCCCAUAUCUUUCAGCUGCAGUAAAUGUAUGAAGCAAUUGUAAGAGCAACACACCUUUCAGCCCUUAUAUCUUUUGGCAUGGUUGAGUUCAAUAGACUUUUGACCUCUAAGGAAUGUUGCUUACCCAUUACCCCACCCACCUUUUUCUAUAGAGAGGCAUAGUUCAGUUUUGACCAGCUAUGUGGCAGCACUGAUUUCAUUUACUGAGGUGUUGGAUGGCUGCUUCAUGUGUCUUCAGAGGGGACUUCCAGUUAGAAAUGAAACUACUGUGAAUCAAAGAAGACAUGAAGGUGCAGAAAAUACUCAUCUUUCUGUUUCAUUUGUAUGCUGUAGUUUCAGGUCCUGAAACUGGGCGAUUUUCCAAAGAUGUUAUCCUUCCUUGCUUUUUUGAACCUGCGAAAGAUGAAGUAAUUUACUGGAAGAAAGGGAACAAAAAUGUGCACAGCUACUACUAUGAGAAGGAUCAGCUAGAACAUCAAGACUCUGAGUACAAGGGGAGAACAUCCCUUUUUCAUGAACAAAUUCCCAAUGGAAAUGCCUCUUUGAAACUGAGUAACCUGAGCCUGAGUGAUGAGGGCUCCUACAGCUGCUAUGUGGGGACAUAUCACGGUAAAACAGAUGUGGAAGUCAGUCUGCAUGUAACAGUUUCCCCCUCUUAUGCAAUGGAAUAUGAAAAACGAGACACAGAGAGACUGUUGAAAUGUCUUGCCUUUCGUAUUUAUCCUGAGCCAAACAUAACGUGGGCAUAUAACAGUACAUCUAUGCAAAACACAAAAAUGGAAGUAACCCAGGAUGGCCCUCUCUAUUUAGUUAGAAGUGAGCAGAUCAUUACAAACAAAGUUUCUUCUUACCAGUGUCACGUUCAAUUUCACAACCAAAAUUGGACUGCUGAAUGGAAAAUGGAAGAUCCGUUUUUUAAAAAGGAAGGAGAUAAUGUUUCAAUUCCAUGUGAAUUUAUGGCUGAAGGGUCUCCAUAUGCUAAAGACUUCAUAGUUACUUGGACAAUAAUCAGAACUGCAUCUACCUUGGUUUUGGCAUCCUCCGACAACUCAUCACAACCCCCUGAACAGUUUAAACCUCGAUUCUCUUGGGAGAAAAUCAAUGAACAGAACUACUCAGUAAUCUUAAGGGAUCUUACUCCGGCAGACAGUGGAGAAUACAUGUGCAAUAUUUCAACACCUCACUAUACACAACUCACUGUAAGAAUUUUGCAAGUUGGGGAAAAAUCCUCACGUCACCAUUGGAUAGUUAUAUUGCUACCGAUCCUCAUCAUUGCCUUUGCUGUAGGGUGGUGUGCUGUGAAGCAGAUAAGACAGUGAAGGAUGGAGCCAUAUUAGAAAAUAAAGAGAGAGCAAAGAUAAAAUGGCUGCAUAUGGACAGUUUACAAUGUAAUGAAGAAGGAGAAGAUUUCAUAACAUAUGAUCAGAGACUUGAGCAGUAUUUUAAUGCAAAUGCUAUGGAAGAUAUAGAUGACUGUUUCCUAACAUUGGUGUGUAAAACCACUUUUGCGGUACAUAAAAGUUUUCUGCAAGAACCUGACGAGCUGGAAUAUGAGAACAUAAAAGAGAUUCUAAAGAAGCAUUUUUGUGCCUACUGCCAAUUUUUUAACAGACCCAUAUAAGCUUCAUCUAAGAAACCAGCUAGAAGGAGAAAGUAUCUGAAUUUUUGACAACCCUGAAAAAACUGUCCACCAUUCUGUUUUGGUAAUUUUCUGAAGGAACUCUCAGAUCAAUCUGAAUUAAGAAAGAGGUUGUUGGAUGUUGGGUAUCACAAGGAACUGCCACUAGAUGAAGACUGCUCUAUUUGAAUCCACACAAAAAGUGUGCCAAAAUUUGAAAAUAAAUUGGCCUCAGCGUGCUGGGCUGGAAAGGAGGGCCUCAACAGUGGAUGAAAGAAACACCACCACGCGGUGGCACCUGUCAUAGGAGCCAAACAGAACAAAGGGAGCCCUGUUUCUGCUGUCUGGGGACACGACACUGGCAGGAGUACUGCACACUGCACCAGGGUACAGCGAAGGAUCCGCCAAAAGGAAGCCAUAAGUGUCUACAUGUACGAGCCACCAUCCUAGUUAGGUGGUGACUGUCAGGGUUGGAAGCAGGUUGUUCCCUGGAGGAAAGGAUGCAUGAGCCAUACCAUUUCACAGAACUGUAUGUGGUGGGAAGUGGGACAAACAUAUCAUCCCCUGUAUUAUGAUAACGUAAAGGUAAAUGACAUGAUAUUGACAAUGGAAGCAGAUACAGGAGCAACCAUAUCAGUGAUCUCUGGGGGCGGGGUGGGGAGGAGUUAAAAUUUUUUUCCCCCUGGGUUAAGAUGAAGAGAAAUAAUGUACUUGGACAGCAUUACAAUUAGGGGCAGAUAGCUGUGUUAGGCAGCCUCUCUGUUACUCUAAUUUAUAUAGAUAUCUAUUCACCAUUAGAGUUAAUUGUGAGUGAAGGAAAUCCUCCUUCCCCCACUGAUGGACACAAACUAGCUAUACAAGUUUAAACUGGAUUGGAGAGUGGUGCACGACAUGCCUGAUAGAGUUGGGGAACUGAAAAACACAAAGCUGUGAGUGGAUUGUACAGAUGUGGGUUUGGAAAGAGGCAAUAACUGUGAGGCUGGUUGUGUCUGACAAGGCCUAAAUUCCUGAAGGCUAGACCUGUGCCUUAUGUUCCGCAGAAGCCGGUGGGAAAAAAACAUGAAAAACCCACAACAUAAACCUCCCAGGUUUUUCUGCCUCGGGCAGUGAUGGUACAAAAUUAGAGGGGAGGGAUAAAGUGGGGGGGAAAAGUGUGGUAAAGAAGAUAUUGGACCUAAUGACACAUUUGAUAGCGAUAAUGAAGAGGUACAUUGACUAACUGUUACCAGAUAAAAGCUCAGUAUGAUUACAGAAUGUGGCCCCUGAAGCAAGAAGAGAUUGUUUGCGUUUUUGUUGGCUGGAGGAGGAGGAAUUAGUGUGGAAGAUGGUGGCCAAGAGAGGAAGAGUGCCCCUGCUGGGCAUGAGGACAAAGUUUGGAUGGCCCUUUCUUUCCCUGACACGUACCACUGGCCACAGCCUGUAGCAAAAUGGCAGACCCGGCUGUAAGGUUAAACUUGUAAUUUAGUUUUUAUGGUUGUGUUUAUUAAUUAAGGAAUUUACAGGGGAUGAGUGUGCUGUUUGGAGGAAUGUGUGGGAAUUGCAAACUAUUGCUUUAAGAGCAGGGUGAGGGUGAUUCUCUUGUCUAGCCUCACAGCCUAAGGGGGCUCUGUAGCAAAGCAUGAGAUUGGCUCGGAGUUUCUUUGAAAAGAGCUAGGUUAAAGCAAGGUGGGGAGAGUUGGGCCUUCCUGCUUUAGGGAGCAGCCUGUUUUUCUUCAUCUCCGUCGGGGCCGGUGCAACCCAUUAGGCGACGUAGGCCUCUGUGGGGGGACGGCAUUUCGGGGCGGGACCUUCCACCGCCUAGGGCAGCAGAAAAGCUGGCGGCGCUCCUGGUCUCCGUGUUUGGGUUUGUGUUAUCGUUCAGGGUUCUACAAAACACUGUUAUGUUGCAACCUUUCAGCAACAGUAGCGAUGUGUUUUACACUGUGUUUUCUCUGUGCAUACACUGUGCACGUAACAGAAAGCAAGCUUGAAUUGCUGAGCAAGAAAACUGUCUGCUGCUGUUUGCUCCUACUAUAUUCAGGGAAACGGGACGUUGGGCCACACUACUUAGAAUUUGGAAUGAUAGCACAUAAACUGCAAACCAACAUUAGUAUCAAUAGCAGUGUGAGUGUGGAAGCACAGCCGGGCCGAGUACACACACUCCCGAAAUUGAAGGAUACAUACUAGGCACUGCUCAGCUGUGCUGCUGCUGCCCGUGCUACCCCAGCUACACAGCUAUUUAUACUCGCACUAGCUCUCUUCAAGCUACCGCAAGGAUGUAUACGUGAGCAGGGGAAAUCACAUCCCUAACUUGUAGUAUAGAUGUAGCCAGAGAAAGAGAGAAAACAGGCUGCUUGCUGAGGGCAGGUCUACACUUAAAACAGUGUAGCUGCACCGCUGUAGUGCUUUAGUGAAGAGAGCUCUCCCGUUGGUGUAGUUAAUCCACCUCCCUGAGAGGCAGUUGGUGGGAGGAGCCCUCACGCUGACAUAAUGCUGUCUACAAUGAAACUUAGGUUGGUACAACUACAUCGCUCAGGGGUGUGGAUUUUUUACACCCCUGAACAAUGUAGUUCUAGCAAAGUAAUUCUGUAGUGUAGACCCUACCUUGCUUUAAGGUGAUACUUUCCAGACUGCCUGUGGGAGGGCUGCCAUGCGUUGCUACAGAGCCCCUUAGCCUGUAAACAGGACAAGGGAACCAUUCAGCCCUGCCUCCCAACUUUUUCCACUGAUAGCUUGCAGUUCGAACACUGUCGUCAAUAUAACUCUGCCAAGCCUGGGCCCAAAAGGUUCCUUCCUCCCAGGGCCACAUUCACUGCUUCAUUCACAUUCUGGUCCAAUCUGCUUCUGACACACAGACACACUGGCAACUCCAUCACUCAAUCCCCUGAUUUUUGUAAUCAGUCCCGGGGAACCCCUCUUUUUCUGCCUGAGUUACCUUUUUCUCAGGCCUUCCCAUGCAGUCUAGUGCCUUGGGAGGUGGCUUGUAUUGUUUCAGCGUUUGUUAAACAUCGAAGCCAGGUUUAACCCAACAUACCACUGUCCUGAAAGGUUUUUUGAACCCUGUUAAUUUUUAAAUGAAAAACACACUCUGAGCAUUGCCCCAUGUGUGUCAAAAACACACACACACACACACACACACACACACACACACACACACACACACACACACACACACACACACACACACACACACACACACACACACACAC